AUGGAUGUCUCUCUUUGCCCGGCCAAGUGUAGUUUCUGGCGGAUUUUCUUGCUGGGAAGCGUCUGGCUGGACUAUGUGGGCUCCGCGUUGGCUUGCCCUGCAAAUUGUGUUUGCAGCAAGACUGAGAUCAAUUGCCGGCGGCCGGACGACGGGAACCUCUUCCCGCUCCUGGAAGGGCAGGAUUCAGGGAACAGCAAUGGGAACGCCAGCAUCAACAUCACGGACAUCUCAAGGAAUAUCACUUCCAUACACAUAGAGAACUGGCGUGGCCUGCACACGCUCAACGCCGUGGACAUGGAACUCUACACUGGCCUCCAGAAGCUGACCAUCAAGAACUCAGGACUUCGCAACAUCCAGCCCAGAGCCUUCGCCAAGAACCCCCACUUGCGCUAUAUAAACCUGUCAAGUAACCGGCUCACCACGCUCUCGUGGCAGCUCUUCCAGACUCUGAGUCUUCGGGAAUUGAGGUUGGAGCAGAACUUCUUCAACUGCAGCUGUGACAUCCGCUGGAUGCAGCUGUGGCAGGAGCAGGGGGAGGCUAAGCUCAACAGUCAGAACCUCUACUGCAUCGGCGCCGACGGCUCCCAGCUGCCACUCUUCCGCAUGAACAUCAGCCAGUGCGACCUUCCUGAGAUCAGCGUGAGCCACGCCAACCUGACCGUACGAGAGGGUGACAAUGCUGUCAUCACCUGCAACGGCUCGGGCUCGCCCCUGCCCGAUGUGGACUGGAUAGUCACGGGCCUGCAGUCCAUCAACACCCACCAGACAAAUCUGAACUGGACCAACGUUCAUGCCAUAAACCUGACGCUGGUAAAUGUGACGAGUGAGGACAACGGCUUCACCCUGACGUGCAUCGCUGAGAACGUGGUGGGCAUGAGCAAUGCCAGCGUGGCCCUCACUGUCCACUACCCCCCUCGUGUGGUGAGCCUGGAGGAGCCUGAGCUGCGCCUGGAGCACUGCAUUGAGUUCGUGGUACGCGGCAACCCGCCGCCCACGCUGCACUGGCUGCACAAUGGCCAGCCGCUGCGCGAGUCCAAGAUCAUCCACGUGGAAUACUACCAGGAGGGCGAGGUCUCCGAGGGCUGCCUGCUCUUCAACAAGCCCACCCACUACAACAACGGCAACUACACCCUCAUCGCCAAGAACCCCCUGGGCACCGCCAACCAGACCAUAAAUGGCCACUUCCUCAAGGAGCCCUUUCCAGAGAGCACGGAUAACUUUGUCUCUUUCUACGAAGUGAGCCCUACCCCUCCUAUCACUGUGACCCACAAACCAGAGGAAGACACUUUUGGGGUGUCCAUAGCAGUUGGACUUGCUGCUUUUGCCUGUGUCCUGUUGGUGGUUCUCUUUAUCAUGAUCAACAAGUAUGGGCGACGGUCCAAAUUUGGAAUGAAAGGUCCUGUGGCUGUCAUCAGUGGCGAGGAGGACUCGGCUAGCCCCCUGCAUCACAUCAACCAUGGCAUCACCACGCCCUCGUCGCUGGACGCCGGGCCAGACACGGUGGUCAUCGGUAUGACCCGGAUCCCAGUCAUCGAGAAUCCCCAGUACUUCCGUCAGGGACAUAACUGCCACAAGCCAGACACAUGGGUCUUUUCAAACAUAGACAAUCAUGGGAUAUUAAACUUGAAGGACAAUAGAGAUCAUCUAGUCCCAUCAACUCACUAUAUAUAUGAGGAACCUGAGGUCCAGAGUGGGGAAGUGUCUUACCCAAGGUCACAUGGUUUCAGAGAAAUUAUGUUGAAUCCAAUAAGCCUUCCCGGACAUUCCAAGCCUCUUAACCAUGGCAUCUAUGCUGAGGAUGUCAAUGUCUAUUUCAGCAAAGGACGUCAUGGCUUUUAA